GAGAGGAGAGGAGAGGAGACCCUGGAUCGCCGGCGGAGCAGCAUAGCAGUAGCAGUACUACUAAAAUGGCGGAGGGGGGAGACCGGAGACAGCUGGUGGACUGACCAAGCGAGCGAGCGAGAGAGAGAGCGGGCGGCGAGGGAGGAUGACGGGGCCGCCGCACCGGGACCAGGAGCGGGACCGGCGCCGGACGCUGCUGCUGGUGAGCCUGGCGUCAAUCAUGGAGCGCGCCGACGAGGCGCUGCUGCCCGCCGUGUACCGCGAGAUCGGCGCCGCCAUGCACGCCGACCCCACCUGGCUCGGCUCCCUCACGCUGUGCCGCUCCAUCGUGCAGGCCGCGUGCUACCCGCUCGCCGCCUACGCCGCCGCGCGGCACAACCGCGCCCGCGUCAUCGCCGUGGGGGCCUUCCUCUGGGCCGCUGCCACCUUCCUCGUCGGCGUCUCCGAAACCUUCACUCAGGUAGCAAUCUCGAGGGGACUGAACGGCAUCGGCCUCGCGCUCGUGGUACCAUCGAUCCAGUCACUGGUCGCCGACUCCACGGACGACGGCACGCGCGGCUCGGCGUUCGGCUGGCUGCAGCUCGCAAGCUGCCUCGGGCUCAUCGCCGGCGGCUUCGUCGGCCUGCUGCUGGCACAGACCACGGUCCUCGGGAUCGCCGGCUGGCGCAUCGCCUUCCACCUCGUGGCCGUCAUCAGCGUCGCCGUGGGGGCCCUCAACUGGUUCUUCUCCGUGGACCCCCAUUUCCCCACGGGCGACGCGGCUGCCGGCCCAGGCGGCGACGAGAAGCCCGCCGUGCGGCAGGUGGUGGAGGAGAUGAUCGCGGAGGCCAAGUUCGUGGUGCAGAUCCCGACGUUCCAGAUCUUCGUGGCGCAGGGCGUCAGCGGCUCGUUCCCGUGGUCCGCACUCUCCUCCUUCGCGUCCAUGUGGCUCGAGCUCAUCGGGUUCAGCCACCGGGAGACAGCCGUGCUCAUGACCAUCUUCUGGGUCGCGAGCUCCCUCGGCGGCCUCAUUGGGGGCAAGCUGGGCGACCUCCUCGCCCUGCGGUACCCGGACGCCGGGAGGAUCGUCCUGUCGCAGAUCAGCGCCGGCUCGGCCGUGCCCCUUGCCGCCGUGCUGCUCAGGGGGCUCCCCGAUGACCCGUCCACCGGCGUCAUCCACGGCGUCGUCCUGUUCGUCAUGGGCGUGUUCAUCUCCUGGAACGGCCCGGCUACAAACUUCCCAAUUUUUGCGGAGAUCGUGCCGGAGAAAUCAAGGACGAGCAUCUACGCGCUCGACAGGUCGUUCGAGACAGUGCUGUCAUCGUUCGCGCCGCCGAUCGUCGGCAUCCUGGCGCAGCGCGUGUACGGGUACAGGCCGGACGACAAGGGCACGAGCACCCGGCUGGACCGGGAGAACGCGGCGUCGCUGGCCAAGGCGCUGUACACGGCCAUCGCGAUACCGUUCACGGUCUGCGCCGCCAUAUACUCUUUCCUGUACUGCAGCUAUCCCCGGGACAGGGAUCGUGCCCGGAUGCAGUCGCUGGCGGAGUCGGAGAUGCAGCAGGUGGAGCACGAGGGUUCUCGCUUGGAAGGCGGCGAUGGAGAUGGAGGAUCCGCUGUUCAUGGUUUGAAGGAGUCGUCGCCGGAGGCUGAGAAGGAUACCGCGAAACUGUUAUCGGACGUUGAGCAAGGUAGAUGAGUAGGAAUUUGAAUUCUACGGAACCCGGAUCUUCUAACGUGCCCGUGAACCUCGCGUCGUUGGAUCGAUUUCUGUGAUACGUGCUGUGUUUUUUUAGGGGAGUGAUGUGUACUGUAUUCUUGAAAUAGCACUCCUAAAACAACGGAGGGUUUAUAGUAGUUUUACACUGCUAGGCUUAUGUCGAUUGUG